UUUGCAUAUCAUUUGUGCCAACUCAUCGUGCUUUGACAUGACCUGUCACGUGGUGAUUAUUUAACUGAACUUUUCAUUUCCCAGCACUCGAGCUAAACAAGGCGAAAACGCUAAGUAAAUAUUUGGACGACACUUGCAGGACAAAGUCGAUUGGGGAGAAGAAGGAAGAGCAUUGGCUAUAAAUAUGUCGGGUCGAUUAUGCGACCAUCUCAGUUUGUCUUAGACCGAGCAAGUAGUAUGGCCCUCAACACUCAUGCGGCUGGUGAUGGUCAAUGCUGCAUGGCCGACAUGGGCGAAGGAGCCAACCUUAAGUUCGUACUUUGCCAGGUGUGCGGAGAUCAAAGUUCGGGUAAACACUACGGCGUAAUCUGUUGCGAUGGCUGCUCCUGCUUCUUUAAGCGCAGUGUGCGCAAGGGCAAUAUCUACAGCUGCAUAGCGGGCAAGGGGAACUGCAUCAUAGACAAAGCUCGUCGUAAUUGGUGUCCGUUUUGUCGAUUUCAGCAGUGCCUCAAGGUUGGCAUGAAUGUGCAGGCCGUGCAGGAGGAAAGAGGUCCUAGACAUCAAAGUUCUUCCUCGGCACUCACGGAUUGCCAGGAGGAUCGCGACACAAAGUUGAACCUUAAACCAGCUGUCAGGCGUCUGAGUUUUAUUUCGAGUCUCAGAUACAAUACCUCCGCUGUAUCGCUGGCAUUGGGGAAACCAUCUGUCUCCGGUGUUGUGGGCAAUUCAUCGUCUAGUCAUGCCGGUGUGGUAAAUUUUCAACUAUUAACACAAAUUUUGGUGACCUGCUUACGACAGGCCAAGAGCAACGAGCAGUUUCGUACGUUGCCCUCCAGUCAACAGGAGACCAUUCUGCACUUGGUAUGGAGCGAAUGUUUUGUUUUAAGGGCCUCCCACUGGACAUUUGAUAUUACGGCUGUAUUUCAGGCUUGCGGUGAUGUAGCCUUGCAUCGCAUCAUCGAGGAGGCAAAGCAAAUCAAUGCCGAUGUUAUGGAACUGAGUUUUCUUGAGACCCUCAUCUUGUGUCGCCGAGAAUAUGCCUUGAAUGGAGAGUAUGCAACUCUAUUGGAGAAUUACAGUAACAACGCCCUUUUGGCUUUAGCACGCUACACUGCUCAACAAUCGAAUUGGUUGCGGUUUGGUUCCCUGUUAUUGGCAUUGCGUCAACUUUCCCUCAGACGUUACGAAUGCACGCUGACCGGACUCUUUCGUUCCAUUGUUAAGGAUAUUAUCAGAACGCUUUAGGCAAUUCGGUAAAAAACAAAUGAAAAAAUACAGCUAACA